UCGACAGCCCAGCACCUCCCCCUUCGUAGCCACAGAGUCGGCCCCUCGUCCCCGUCCCCUCCCCCAUAGCCAUUCCACACGUUGCCGGGGUUGCCGAGUAUCCCAUCCCAUCCCAAUCCAGCAGUGUUGCUGAUUCCGAGAGCUGCUUGUCGGUCGCUGAGUUGCCCCAAUUUUGAGUAAGAGAAUUUAUCAAGCGAAGCGGAGGGGGAAUGGCGAUGUUUCUGGACGCAGGGGUGGCUGGGUGCGCGGUCCAGCUGGCCCUGACGGUCGCCUCGUCGGUCUCGGCGUCGAGUUCCAGCUCGCACUGCGUUGUGGGCAUGAAUGUGCGGUGUCUGCCCGUUGCGCGUGGGCUUCGAAUUGGCCCAUCCAGGGCGAAAUUCGUCUCGUCCGCCGCUUCACAGGGUUCUGUUCGGUCUCAGAGGCGAGGAGUCGUCUGCGAAGCUCAAGAAACUGUCACUGGAGUUGCAGGGGUUGUCAAUGAAGCUACAUGGAAGGAACUUGUACUGGAGAGUAAAAUCCCAGUUCUGGUGGAUUUCUGGGCACCAUGGUGUGGCCCUUGCCGCAUGAUUGCCCCACUUAUUGACGAGCUAGCGAAGACAUACGCUGGCCAGGUGAGGUGCUUGAAACUGAACACAGAUGAGAGCCCCGGCAUCGCCACAGAGUAUGGUAUUCGUAGCAUUCCCACCGUCAUGGUCUUUAAGAACGGAGAGAAGAAGGAUACCGUUAUUGGAGCUGUGCCCAAGUCUACAUUGGCCACAACUCUAGAGAAGUACUUGAAUUGAUUUGAGUAUCAAAAGUUGUACCAAGAUUCACACUGAGAGGAAGACGGCUCCUUAUCUGGGGCUUGUAGAAGGAGGGGGAAUUUGAUGACGAUCAAUGUCUUCAUGAGGUUUUGUGAUGGCCCAACCUAGUAGUUGCAGCCAAGCCUGGUUCUUUUCGAGGCGCAUAUUCUUGUAUACCUCCUUGUGUUUGAUGGCCCUGCAUGAAGGCGGGAAAAGCUUGUGUAUGUAGAUUAUUUUGGUCUUUUUCGUUCAUUUUCCUUGAGCAUGUUCAUAUGAAAGACUUUUGGCUAUUUCUGCCUGGUAAAGCCUUGAUGGUCUCAAUUUGCAAGCCUCUUUUCUGGAGUUUUCCUUCAACUCUUAAACCUUGAUGUACACAACAUUCGAGACCUAAGGCCGGCCUAGCCUUUCAAUUUAUACACUAAAAGAGCACAGUGAAGCAACUGUUGAUUUAGCUGGCA